CAAAGGGUGGAUAUUGUAAAUAUGAUUCGUGACCUUUUUGCACGCGCUACAUGUAUCGAUAGUGGUUCGCAAUAAUUCCGAAACAUUUUCAAAACUGUAAUACCAACGAACAAGUAGUGCUUAUUGAAAAUCAGUGUUUACAACGUUAUUUCGCGUGGAGGACUAGCUCUACCUGAAAUGAGGAAAGAUGCCUCCAACGUAUAAUCGCCUACUGAACUAUGACUUGUUGAGUCAUAGAUAUCUAAGUAUCUAGAAUGAAGAUGUUUUAUGAAGACUGUCAUUUGGUGUACAUUUUCCUACUUUUCGUGGAAUUUGACGAAGCUUUUGAUCCAUCCCAAUGUAUAGCUCCGCUUGGUAUGGAAAAUGGAGCAAUCAGAGACUCAGACAUAACAGCUAGUUCAUCCUUUGACAAAGACAAUGUUGGGCCUCAACAUGGAAGAGUUCGUACAGAUAAAAACGGAGGUGCUUGGUGUCCCCAGAAGCAAGCAACAACUGAACCCGAAGAAUGGAUACAAUUAGACCUCGGCAGUGUACAUAUGAUCACAGCAACAGAAACUCAAGGCCGAUUUGGAAAUGGGCAAGGAAUAGAAUAUGCCGAAGCCUACAUAAUAGAAUAUUGGAGACCAAGGUUAAGAAAAUGGGUUCGAUACCAUAACAGCAAAGGAGAAGAGGUUAUUCCUGGUAAUGUUAACCCAUACCUAGAAGCGAAGAGAGAACUUAUUCCACCCAUAUGGGCCAGCAAGUUGCGGUUCUACCCGUACAGUUACCACAAGAGAACAGUUUGUAUGAGGGUUGAACUAUACGGUUGCGAAUGGACUAAUGGAGUCAUCAGUUAUUCUAUGCCUCAGGGUGACAAAAGGGGAAAUAACUGGGAAUUUUACGACUUCGGCUAUGAUGGGCAAUGGAUUGACAACGAAUUAAAAGAUGGUCUGGGUCAGCUGGUUGAUGGCAAAAUUGGUCCCGACGACUACAAAGCAGAUUAUUCCGAUGAUCACAGCUGGGUGGGAUGGAAAAACGAUACCAGAGAUAAUAAACCAAUAGAAGUUACGUUUGAAUUCGAUAAAGUUAGGGAAUUUUUCUCACUUCAAAUCUAUUGUAGCAACCAGUUCACGAAAGAAAUACAGGUGUUUUCUUCUGUGAAGGUGCUUUUCAGCAUAAGUGGUAAGCAAUUCAACGAGUUCGAACCGAUCACUUAUGAAUAUGUGGAAGAACGAAUAUUUGAAACUGCUAGAAAUAUAACUGUCAAGCUACACCACAAUGUCGGACAAUAUUUGAAGCUCUAUCUAUAUUUUGCAUCCAAGUGGAUACUGAUAAGUGAAGUUUCUUUCGAUUCUAUAAUAUCGCACGGGAAUUUUAGUAUCGGCCACGAACCUACGAUAGAUCCGAAAGCAAAGCCAGAAGACGAUCGAAAAAUUGAAAUUUCAAAGUUACCAAAAGAGGAGGACGGACCUGCCAUGGUAGCUUUCAUCCUAAUAGGUAUCAUACUAGCAAUAAUUGUUGGAGCAAUUGGAUUUGUAAUUUAUCGAUACCAAUAUAAAAAAAUGUUCGGAACUUCACCCUCCUCGAAUAUUGGAAUUCCAGGAAACAGAUCACCUCAUUUGUAUCCUGAGUCUGCUUAUGUUGACAUUAGUGAAAAGGGAAGUUCCAUCGAAGCAUACAAGUUCGCAGGAAUUGGCGAAUAUAUGAAAAGUCACGACAGUAAAAGUACUAAAAGUAUGAACUCGACAUUACCUCUGCCUCAUUCUGAAAGCAUACUAGGAAACAACGAAUAUCAAGAGCCAUAUCAAUCAACAAAAUAUUCCCCAUAUUACAGUUACAGUCCAGUUGUGAAUGAGAUUCAAAAUGAGAUGCCAAGAAGCCCCAAGAAGAAUCAGUUUUUACGAGAUUCUUAUGAGUAUGCCGUUCCCGAGGUUGACGUGAUGUCAUUGCUUUCUCCUUCUGAUCAAAAUACUUUACCAAUUUCAAGGGGUAGAAGUAAGGACCCAAGAAUUCCAGGAAGAAGUAUUCAGAGUGAUCGCAAGAAGAAAAGACCUUUGACUCAGAAAGAUGCUCUUACAUCUCUGAAAAAGCGACUCAAAGAGCAAACAAUAAUGGAAUUUCCCAGGCAUCGACUUCGCAUGGUGUCAAAAUUAUCUGAAGGAGUUUUCGGAACAGUUUACAUCGCUGAAGCAGGCGAUAUAACCGAACACUCCUCACCCAUGAGAAGAAAACUGGUAGCUAUAAAAUUUUUGGAUGAGAACGCUUCUGAGGAAAAGAGGAAAGAUUUUUACCGGGACGUACGGAUUUUGUCAGCCUUGGAAGAUCCAAACCUAGCUCGAGUUCUAGGUAUCUGCAGCCAGGAAGAACCAUUAUGUGUGGUGAUGGAAUAUCUUGAGCAUGGUGACCUAUGUCAGUUUUUGAGAACGCAUACCACUACAGACGAUCCAGCUGGUCUUCCCAAUGGCUCGAAUUCGAUAUCGUUCAAUUCCCUAAUUUACAUGGGAGUUCAAGUAGCUAGAGGAAUGCAAUAUUUGGAGUCACUUAAUUUUGUUCAUCGAGAUUUAGCAACUAGGAAUUGUUUAGUAGGAAAUAAUUAUCAAAUAAAAAUCUGCGAUUUUGGCACAUACAACGAACUAUACACCAACGAUUAUUACAAAGUAGAUGGCAACACCCCUCUUCCGAUUAGGUGGAUGGCUUGGGAAAGUGUUUAUCAAGCUAGAUAUACCACAAAAAGUGAUGUAUGGGGAUUUGCUGUAACAUUAUGGGAAAUCUUGACGCUGUGUCGUCAGCCACCGUUUAGCUUCCUCUCCGACUCCGAAGUAAUGGAGAACUUGGCACACUUGCACUAUAAGGAUGGACAGUUCAAUUACCUACCUCGCCCUUCAAACCACAAGGAUAUUUAUGAUGUAAUGAUGAAAUGCUGGCAAAGAGACGAAACGGAAAGGCCUACCUUCACGGAAAUUCACUAUUUCUUGCAAGAAAAAUCGUUAGGAUACUCUUUUACGUAGCUCAGGAAGACUGGUUAGAUGACUAAGGGAACAAAUAUUUAAAUAGUACACAGGGUGAUACAAUCUAUAUUUUCUACUUUGAAUAUGAUAUUUAUUUGUU